AUGUCGCUUGCCAAAGGCUUUUCCGAGUCCCUUACACAGGUCCCUUUGUCCUUGCCCCCUCCUGCAUCCCUCCCUCCUGAUUGCAAGCGGGGAAUCGAGUCCCUGUGGGAUAAGGGCCAAAGAACAAGGAAAAAAAAAAAAUAUAUAUAUAUAUAUAUAUAUAAGUGGAGGAGCAUAAGUGCCAGUGUAAAUGUCAUGGAAUGUCAAAUGUGUUGAUAUUAUUGUACACCAAUGUGAACUUUCCCCCUACCCCCCUUUUUAUCUUCUGUAUCCCUUGACAACAAAAACUCAAUAAAAAUCGUCAAAUUGAAAAAAAAAAUCUUAUGCUCCCCAGUCAUUGUGGAGGUUAACCUGAUAGUGGAAGUAAGCCAUCAUUUAAUAAGAUGUUCUCAUUGUUAAUUUUCUGUCAAUUUCUUAUGUACUUAAUAACUAAUGCUGUAUUUUACAGGUACUAUGAUUGCAAGGCGGCGGUGAAAAGGAAAAUGUCAUUGCAGUCGCAGUGGGAAUCAGUGAUUGGUAGACUCGGCUCAAAGACGGGCUACUUUCAGAGGCUGUAUCCAGACUUGGUGCUGCGAAUACGGAAGAGCAAGCUUUGCAGCAGCGAGCUGGUGAGUAAAAUAGUUAAAACAGUAGUACCGUGUUAGCUGUGGAAAAACAAGAAACAAGUAGAGUUAAAAUUAUUACACUAAAACACAAUUCCUAAUAACAAAUCAGAGUUAACAGCUUUGAGAGAGAAAAAAAAAGGGGGGGGGGGGUGGCAUGAAAGACACAGAGUAUUAAAGAAUGUUCUCAGAAGUAAAUUAGCCAGUUCUACAGAGAUCCAACAGAUAAAAUCAGUUUGGUCAGAGCAUCCCUGAUCACUCCACUCCAUGGUUAGGGGGGCAAUAAAACAAUUAGACACAUGCCAGAUACAUGAAGGUGUCAAAUAUUUGCCAUUUGAAAUAAAUUCACUACAGUAAUCCAGGGCUUGUAGACAGAUUAUUAAUUAGUGAAGUUAUAUUGUGAAUUAAAUUCACUGUCGCUCUUAAAUUCACUGUCCUUAAACAGGCAUGUUAGCUUGACCUCCUAUAUUUUACUCUCCCUCUGGGUGCGGAACGAUCCCCAACAAAGUAUCAAAAGCUUCACAUCCUGUAUAAUGUGUCCACAGUUGACAGAAAUAUUCUCCAAACAGAUUUCUGUUAAUACACUUUCAUACCCCCCGCCCCUUUUUUUCCCUCUCGCUCUCUCAAAGCUGUUAAAUCUGAUUUGUUAUUAUGAAUUUUGUUUUAGCCUCUUAAUGCAUGCAACUUGGUCUUAAAAGCUUGCAAUCAGACUCUCAGUUAGUGAGUAAAAUGAAUUUCAUCAUUACAUUAUAAUGAUGACAUUGUUGUUUUGAAGCUCACAAUACUUCACUAUUACAAGUGUGAACUUACCUUUUGCUUUCCUUUUUUUUUUCCAAGGUCCGUCAACCUCAUCUGGUGGGGGACCGGCUCCAAGCACAUCUCAGCCAAGUUCUGGUGAGUGAAUGCAAGCAAACACCCUGA